AGUGUCAUUCGCUCGCCCUUUUGCAAACCCGAAAGCUUGCCGUUCCCUUGCUUCGCCGACGAGGCUGACCUGCAACUGGUGCUCACACCGCCGCGACCUCGAUCGUCAACUUGAGAUUACAGUCCCAAUCCUAGAUGACUUCGAUCAAUAAGUAGAGGACCCACACCUACAGGUGACUCAAGCCUUACGAGUAGUCCCUUCCCGCGGAUUUGAUAGAGCUAUUGUACAAUAGCCUUUCUGAGAGAAACCCAAUCGAUUCUUCAGUGGUUGUUGUGACCAAACAAAGAGGUGACAGUUAAUCAAUAUUGUUUCUCCCAGGAGACAGAUGGGCGCAUUAGCCGUUGCAGCUAUUAUCUGCUUGUGGGUUAUUCCCAUAUCUAUCAUUGUGAAUCGCAUUGUUCCUGAACCUUACAUGGACGAGAUAUUUCACAUACCACAGGCUCAACAGUAUUGCAGGGGCAAUUUCAAGAGUUGGGAUCCCAUGAUCACUACUCCGCCUGGACUGUACUGUCUAUCAAUUGUCCAUGUUGUUAGUUUAUUUCCGGGCAUGUAUUUCAUACAAGCAGUGCCAUCCCUUUUGGAACUUUGCACCUCUGCAGUCCUUCGCUUCACUAAUGGCGUCUUGGCAGUGUUUUGCGGCAUUCUUAUUUAUGAGAUAGUCACUCACUUGAGUCCAAGCCUUGAUAAAAGAAAAGCAACAGUUCAGGCUGUGGUCCUAGCCUUGUAUCCCCUCCACUGGUUCUUCACUUUUCUUUACUAUACAGAUGUUGCAUCACUUACUGCGGUGCUUGCUAUGUAUCUUGCUUGUUUGAGGAAGAAAUUUCACAUUAGUGCAUUGCUUGGAGCCGUGGCAGUGGUAAUUCGACAAACGAAUGUUGUAUGGGUGCUUUUUGUUGUAUGCACUGGAGUCAUAGAUCUUGGCAAUGAAAGAAAUAAGAUUAAAGUAGAUGGCCCUCUUUUAUCAAACAGAGAAACUGGCCAUGCAACUAUGACCAGUCGCAUCACAUUGGGCUCGAACUUAAAACAGAGGAAGUCUAGCGGUGUUGUGGAAAUUGAUAAUUACUCUACAAGCAGUCAAAGUGCGUUUUUAAGGACCCAAUCAUCAGGUUUUCUUGGUGAAAUUCAGGCAAUCAUUCUAAAAUCGUGGCAUAUAAAGUGGGAGCUUUUGGUGUCCUUUAGCCCUUUCAUUAUCAUAUUGGUGUCAUUCGUUGCUUUUGUCCAUUGGAAUGGUGGAGUAGUUCUUGGUGCAAAAGAAGCUCAUGCAGUCUCUCCACAUUUGGCACAGGUGAUGUAUUAUGGUCUGGUUUCUGCACUUGCUAUGGCUCCUCUGCAUUUCUCAUUGGCUCGAGCUGCAGAUCUGCUUUGUCCAUUCAGGAAGAACAAGCUGCUCAGUUUUCUCCAGUGGCUUGCAGUUCUCACUGUUGGCUUGGUUUCCGUGCACUUUUUCAGCAUAGCUCACCCCUAUCUUAUCGCUGACAAUCGACACUAUCCCUUUUAUCUCUGGAGAAAAGUUGUCAAUGCUCAUUGGUUGAUGAAGUACCUUCUAGUCCCAUUAUAUGUUUAUUCAUGGUUUUCGAUCUUUAAUUUACUGGGGAAAGUUCGCCCCAAAAUCUGGGUGCUGGCAUAUUUCCUUGCUACAGCAGCAGUUCUCAUUCCUGCUCCAUUGAUUGAGUUCAGAUACUACACCAUACCAUUCUAUUUUUUAGUGCUUCAUUCCCCUGCCGUUGAUAGCAGAAGUUGGCUUAUGAUGGGGAUCCUCUAUAUGGCUGUAAAUGUAUUCACCAUGAUGAUGUUCUUGUUUCGGCCUUUUCAGUGGGACCAUGAACCUGGGGUCCAGAGGUUUAUAUGGUAGAUAGAUUCCUAAGAGUUGUGAGAAGCUUCACUAAUAUAUGAAUUCGGCAAUCUUGCUCGUACAAGUUUGGUUUCUGCUGAUGUUAGGCUCAAAUUCUUUUGAAAUGAAUUGGUUUCUUUCUGUUAUGUUAUUCAAUGAUAACAAAUUAGGAAUGGUUA